CUAAUAGUAUUCGAAAACAUUAUUUAAGUAGUAUUUUUGAGCAAUAUUAUAAACAACUUUAUGAAAUAUUUUGUGGAUUUUAUUCUGAAGAGCAUGAACUGGAAUCCAAUGAAACAAUUGAAAAUAUUAUGUCAAUUUUUAAUGAUAGAAAUAAAACAGAUUCUAUUUUUUCUUUAAUUGAAGCAAGAAUUCAGCAACUUGAAAUUUAUCUUACUUAUGGAACAACUGCAACAAAUUUUGGUAAUGAAAUUAAUAAUGUUCUUUCUAAAUAUAAUAUUGAAUUAUCCAAUUUUAUUCCAAUUUUUUAA